AUGCCCGGAUUCGUUACCCCGAUUUUCGUCCGUACCGAUUCUUUGAAGUACGACGGCGUUGCUUGUUUUGCUGCCACCCUCUUAGAAAACUUACAUAGGGACCAUGAAGUUCUAGUAUUUUUGGGCAUCAGUGCGGAGAAUGUCAUAUCUCUUGCAUCCGAUAGCCACAGACCUUUGAAAUCCGUCAAACUCUCACACAACUUUCUGACCUGGCUCCUGACGGUUAAGAUGCCCGGAUUCGGUCACGAAAUCACCAAGAGCUUAUAUAAGGCCAUAGUCGACAAGCAACUUUUCGCUACGGGUGUAUCUUAUUGA